AUGCAUCGCGCGAACUGUCCAGAGAAGGGGGUCGCAAAGGCUCAGAAGCUGUCACUAUCGUGUCAUGCAGAGACUGCGCAGUUCUCCCAUCUUCUGGAUACCCAAGCAGGGAGGAUCCCUCAAGACCUCGACACUGAACCCUCGGCUCAGGCCGUGCCUGUGUCAGUCACUUCCGUCGCGACUCGCGUUCUGUCCGCUCCAGGUGGUCCAGGUCUUGCUGGUCUCCAUAUUGAAUGCCUUAUUCUGAGUCUCGCAUGUCGAGAUGCUUCAGUUGAGCACAGCGCUCAGACGCCUCUCAUAGUGAGCGUGCCAACAGAUACUGCCAUCAUUUUUCUCGAGAUGCCUUUGAAACCAAACAAUAACCGCUAUACCAAGUAUGAGUUACCAGUCUCGGCCACACUGCGGUAUUCAAUGCGAACAAAGGGCUCAACUGCUGUUCAAAGACGCGGGCCAAACAUAGCUCUCAGCAUCGGCCUUGUUCGCCGAUCGUGGAAAGAGUCUGACAUUCCCCAGGGACCAAACCUCACGAGCUCCCGCGUGUCUCGACCUAGUACUAGGGACCCGAUUCCUUGGAAACCUGCCGACUCGCUUAAGGGAUGA